AGUGUUCCACUUGAAAUACAGCUGCGGGGUCCUGGAAUGCAGCAGCUGUACUCCCAGGCCUGCCGCCAGGGGGCGCGACCGGUGCACAGCGUGCGCGGGCUCGUGGUUGGUCAGUUCAGAUCCGGGAAGACGUGUGUCGUCAGGAGGCUGACGGGAGAGAAGGCUGUGGAGAAUGAACCGAUAACAGACGGCAUCGAGAUUUCACCCAGCGUGAUGACCAAGACUUGGCGGAAGGCAAAAGAGGAGCCAGACGAAUUCAAGGAAACCAUGGCAGAACGCUUGGCGGAACAACAAGAACGGGACAAACCACGCACCCGGACAUUGUCAGGAGCCCAAGGAGCAGUCAGGAAAAAGUCUACAGACACAUCUUCCGUUGCAGGAAGAGAAGAAAGUGUGGUUACGACUACGUCACGACAAACACAAGACAUGCCGGAUGAUGUCAAAAUAAAAGCUCAACAGCGACUUCAGAGUAGCGCGACGAGUCUGCAGCAAACACAAGACAUACCGGAUGAAGUCAUAACAAAAGCCAAAGAGCGACUCCAAGGUGGCGUGGCCGAGGAGCAGCUUGGAACAGCCGAACACCCGCGUCUCUCCCUCUGGGACUUCGGCGGCCAGGCCACGUACUACGGCUCGCACCAGUGCUUCUUCACGUACCGCGGGAUCUACAUCCUGGUCAUGUCACUGCUGCAGAAGCUGUCCGACACAGUUCCUGAUCUGGACUACAAAGCGGCAGCGGACAAUCUCGUAACUGGAAGAGACUACUUGGACCACUGGCUGAACUCAGUCCGCACACACACCCUGGUGCACGGGCGGGAGCAGACAGGAGAGCCGCGUGUCGUUUUGGUCCUCACACACAAGGACAUGGUCAGCGAGUCGGACAUUGAGGACUACAAGAAAGACAUACGUGGUCACAUCAGUGGUAAGGCAGCCGGUAAACACGUCUUACCAAAGAUAUUUGUCAUCGACAACUUCAACGAGGACAACAGCGACAUUGAAGAGCUCCGAGAAUACCUCCGUGAGGUGGCGAAGGGUCUGUGGUUCAUGGGUCAGGAGGUGCCGAUGACUUGGCUUCAUCUGAAGUCCAAACUGAUGGACAAGAGGAGAGAGGACGACCCAUUUUGCCGUUUCCAAGAUGUCGUCGAUCUGGCCCGGAGUGAUGACGUGGGCAUCACGGAUGACAGCCAUGUUGCCGACAUUUUGACCUUCCUACAUGACCUUGGUGACAUCAUCUUCAUAAACGAACCAGUUCUGCGUGAUCACGUGGCACUUCGACCUCAGGUGAUGAUUGACGUCUUCAAGACCAUCAUCACCGUCCCGGAGUACCAACAGGACAGGAGCACGGAUGGGGAGGUUGCCGAGAUGUGGAGGAGGCUGGAGAACGAAGGCAUCCUCAGUGAGAGGCUGUUGACAAUCAUCUGGACCAAAGCAGAUCAGAAGAUGCAGAAACCCUUCCUACUGCGGCACAAGCCCUUCCUGAAGCGACUGAUGGAAAAGUACUACCUUCUCUGCAACGUCACGCCGAUCGGUGGGUUUGAUGACACUUCGGGUGAUCCUGAGAAAGAAGAGAUCUACUUCGUACCAUCUCUCCUUGCCGGAAUGCCUGAAGACAGCACAUUGAAUCCUGGGCACAUGAGGAGAUGCCGGCAUCCUCUGUAUGUCGUAUUCGACAACAUGUUCCUGCCAAGUGGCAUGUUCUAUCGUCUACAAGCCAUUUGUGUGCGCAGGUUCGGUCUUCAAGAGUCCCACGUGUUCGCCGGCUGCGGCCGCUUCCCUACCGACGAUGUAAAGCAACAGUUCGUGGUAACCAAAGUGAAGCACUAUCUGAAGGUAGAGCUUCUGUCUGCUAAAGACCAGGCAGAGUUUACACAGGCCCUUCCUGUUAGAAAGUUCCUCAGCAGUUGUCUCUUCGAGAUCAAGGAGAAGUGGAUCCCGUCCAUCCAAUAUGACUGGUGCUUUGGGGAGGUGUCAGAAAAAGAAACCGGAACACCAGUAUUCCACCCCCUGUCUGACAUCGGGCAAGAAACGGCAACGGGAUCCAGUCGUUUUCCAGAAGACUUCAUCGAUGUCUGGAUACGUGGCAGAAGUGAUACGACAACGUCCUGUCCAGAAAACUCAGGUGGUUCCGGACCCGUGAUGAUAGAGCCCACGCUGAACCCAGACACAGUCCACACGAUCGGCCCUGUCCUGGACUGUAUGGAGACCUGCAGAGGACUGAGUCUGGCGCAGUGCGAUCGGAUCAGACACGAGCUAACAUCCGUCAGCAGGUUCAAAGAGUUGGUUUACACCGUCAACAGGUCCGGAGACAUGUGCCGUCGCUUGCUGGGAGCGUCCGUGGAAGUUUGUCUGCCUGAGAGAGCACCCAUGUUCCCAAGGGAAGAGAGAGGGAACGAAAUUGUUCUCCUGCACACCGGAGACUACAAUGACAAGCUCACCCAGCCACUGUUGAAACAGGCAGUCCAAUCGUCCAGCAGGUACGGUGUAACAGUGUCUGAAGACGUCAUCCAACCAGGAGAAAUUAUCACAGACAAACUCUUGCACCAUCUUCUCCAACGGAACGUCAGGAUGGUCGUACCGAUCAUCACACCCCAGACUCUCCACAGCAGACACUGGUCCACGCUCGGGUACGAAUUCUGCGUACAGAACAAGAACCUGGUCUUUCCGGUCCUCGCCUACCCUGAAGGAACCAAAGAGCGUUUGCUAGAGGUGCUCGGCAGGCGCUGUGCGGGGAUGUUGGAUAUGGCAGCAACAGAAGUACCAAUGGCUGAAGAACCACUGUCCAGUUCCAAAAUCAGUCUCACUGCUGCACAAAUCCUGAGGAAGGCGUCGUCUUCUGUUGUUCUAUACACACGCCAGAUCACAGCUGCAGGCUGCACGGUUGUGGAGGAUGGUGUCACUAUCGUCUUUCCGAAAGGAUGUGUCAAGAAGAAAAGGUUCAUGUCUUUGGAGGUUGAUAUGCUGCCCAUAGAUGGGACCAUGGCAAACAGUUUCUCAGCUACGACACCGGUAAUGACCGUGCACCUAGACACCGAGGAAGACUUCCUAAAGCCCGUCACUGUCACCCUGCCCUGGACAUGGAAAAGCAUCUGUGACCUGGGCAGAACCAUCCUGAUGAAAAGGUCUACUGAUGGCCAUGAUGAGUGGACGACAUUAAGCACCGAUCCUCGAGAAACCAAGGACACGAUCACCUUCACAACCUGUCACUUUUGCAGCGUUGUCGGUGCCAAGAAAAAAGACAACGCUGAAGAAGCCUCCACCUCUGCUGAUACCAGUACAGAAAAGCAGGACGAGGCGGCCAAUCAAGAGGCAACUGAAGCUAUAGAAGUCCUUGUAACAAGGUACAGUGACGACAAAGUGCAUCUCAUUAUCAGUCCCAAUGAGGCAACGACAGACGACAAGCGUAUUCACCUGCUGUGCAUCGAGAAAGGCAAAAAAGUCACGGAGUACUUCAGAGCAGAUAACUUUAAGACACCACCGCCGUUCCGACAAGAGGUCACCAUGCACAAGAAGGAGAGAAUCCGUGCGCGGUUUGGUGAGGAAGAGGACGUCAUUGGAGAUCCACGUGACAUUCCGCCGGAGCCGCCCGGUAUUCAGUUCGCCUUCCCGCCGGCGAACUGUAACCGGAUCUCAGUCAGACUGAAGCUGCGAGAUCCGCAGAUAGGAAAGGGGAAGUUUGAAGGAGCAGUCCAUUUCACACUACUGUCACAAGCAGGUGAACCAGUGAAUGACCCCAUCCGUCGGAUAAAUUCAGCCCAUGUCUACCUGCACUCUCUUCAAGAUGAGGGGAAGACAACAAGUCAGGUUCAGCAGGAGGAAGGCACUGUGGUCACCAUGGUCAAGCCGCCCCAGAUACAACAUAAGAAAGGUGGGAAGAGGAAAGCCAAAACGCGGCAUGUUGGCGAGUCCGGCGACAGUGGCCCCCCGGUAAUGCGACCGAAGCAAGGAUCUGCAAGGCCUUUGGUGCUGUUGCUCAAUGAUGAGUAUGGGACCAGAAAGGGUGGAAUAUCCACAGUCAACCGUCAGAUCGGGUGCUUUCUGGCAUCAAAAGGAGCAAAGGUCCUUUGCACAGUCCUGAAUGCCACACAACAAGACAAGGAUGACGCAGCUAUAGAUGGAAUUCAGCUGCUUUUCCCAACACCGUUUGAACGUGAUCCGAGAGAGGCAGAGCUCUAUUGGCUGACCUUUGAUCACCAGAUCCGAUAUCCAGACCUUCCCUCGCACGUAGACUUCAUCCUCGGCCACGUCCCCAUCACGAGCCACGCAGCAAGACGGAUGAAGGAACGCUUUCCUGGCUCCAAACUCAUCCAGGUCACCCACGUCAUGCCAGAGGACACCAGUCAGUACAAGGGUGACGAGAGGGUGUUGAACAUUGGACAGGAGAGCAACAACAUUCUGGAUGACCUACGACAUGCUGAUGUUUUCUUCUCGGUUGGGCCAUUGAUAUAUGACUACUACAGGCAUCAGACAAAUCAGCUAACACUACAACAUCAUGAACUCUUGCCAAAGCCGUCUGACAUCUUCAUCGAUAUGAAACUGAAGCCACCCGCCGACACGGAAACGAAAGUGGUGCUGUCUAUUGGCAGGGUCAAGGGUGUGGAGAGGCUGAAAGGCGUUGAUCUGGCUGCGACGACCAUGGGCAAGGUGAUGAAAGAGCUACCCCACACGAAGUGGAGGCUUCGCGGCUUCAGACGUGAUGAUUUUCAAGCAAGCAGGAGCAUCAUCGAAGCCAACACGGGUAGAUUCCUGUUCGUACCCUUCACACCUCUGGAAUACGGUACACAGGAGGAGCUGUGCGAGGACAUGAGAAAGGCCGAUGUCGUCCUGAUGCCGUCUCGUGCAGAGCCAUUCGGACUGGUUGGUCUGGAGGCCAUCGCCGCAGGUGUCCCAGUCGUGAUUUCCAACAAAUCUGGUCUUGCAAAGUUCCUGACGAAACAAGAUCCCGAGUUUGACCGCACGAUCGUAGAGAUCGACGAUGACGAUGAUGAAGCCGCCAAAACGCUGUCCAAGCGCAUCAUCAAGAUCCUGAAGGACGGACCCAGAGAGUUCAAGGCCGCACAAAGUUUGAAGAAGAAGCUUCUGGAGUCAGAGUACUGGGCUGAAUCACACAGCAAGCUCCUCCAAACCGUUGGCCUGGAGGGUUGAGCGUUUAACCACAGAGUUUCACCCGCUGGCAACUGGCACUUGACAGUUCUACUUAAUAUGGC